AUGUUUAAUGAUAAUAUUAAAUAAAGCAGAUAAAUCAAAAUAGAUAAUGAUGCAAAUAUCAAAAAUACUAUAUUCAAAAAGGCAUCAAAAGCGACAUCCAAUUAUUUUAUGCCUUAUAAUUAUAAAUAAAUGGAAAACCCCUCUGAAUCUGCUCGUUAAUAUUAAAUGAAUUUGGAGUAUAAAAGGUUAACUAGAAGAGAAUUCAGAAAUAUUUUCAAUAGAAAAUAUGGAAGGGGAAAUGAUAGUUGGAAAACCUAAAAAGUUGAAUUAAUAAUGGAUUACGAUUUUCCAAUCUAAUGAUCUUGUAAAUACUGUAUAUUAUUU